AUGACUACCGACACUAGUCAGAUAGGUAUUCUAACCCCCUUCUAUUGGCCAAGUGAACUUAAUCUUUAUGCACUAUUGGGUAAUUUCUCAGCCUACAAAUUAGACGUAGAGACGAGCAGAAUUCGAUGUAUCUUUCAAAAAUCCAUCAACGAAAGCUUCACACAAGUAAGCGAGACACCAGACAGUGGGAUGGUCUACAAAAUGAGUCUAUUAAGAGAUCGGAAAAUAAAGGGUGGAAAACGCCGGGAGUUAUCGGAUGAAGUUGCCCAUUGUGGUGUCAGCCAGAACACUCCUCGAGAUUCCGCUGCAUUCAGUGUUUUAGGCGAGCCGACGAAAAGCAGCAGUCCUUCUCAAAAACUCCGGAGAAAGGGGUAG